AUGCCGCGGGCCGCAGGGGGUGAUGGGAAAUGUAGUCAGAGAGACGGAGAGGCGGGGAGAGUGCGGCGCAUGUGCUGUGGGCAUGGGAACGGGGGCUACAGGUCUCUCCGCACCAUGUCCGGCUCUGCGCCCCCGAACCCCGCGGGACCCCCGAACCCCCCGAACCUUUUGGGGACCCCCUGGCCGCCCCCCCCUCCCCCGCACCGCCUGCGGGCCCUGGCGCGCUCCUGGCUGGACGAGGACGCGCCCUGGCCCGACCCCACCGUGGCGCCGCUGGGGAACGCCGAGAUCCGCGCCCACAUCCUCGUCAAAAACCCCGAAACCCCCGCAUUUAACCCCGAAACCGCCGGAUUUAACCCCAAAACCCCCGCAUUUAACCCCAAAACCCCCCCAUUUUUCGGGGUGCUGGCCGGCUGCCCGUUCGCCGAGGCGGUGUUCGCGCUGUCGGGCUGCUCCGUGCUCUGGAAGGUUCCCGAAGGUUCCCGGCUGGGCCCGGGCCGGGCGCUGCUGGCCGAGGUUCGCGGCCCCGUUUCCGGGCUGCUCCUGGCCGAGCGCACGGCCCUCAACGUCCUGGGCCGCUGCAGCGGCGUGGCCUCCAUGGCCGCCCGGGCCCGGGGCGUCGCCGAGAGCCGGAAUUGGGGAGGGGUCGUGGCGGGGACGCGCAAGGGCACGCCCGGCUUCAGGGCGGCCGAGAAGUACGCGCUGGGCGUGGGGGGCAUGCAGGGGCACCGCCAGGGGCUGGGGGCCUUCGGCCUCGUCAAGGACAACCACAGGGCCGUGGCCGAGAUGGGCGGAGGCGGGCAGGAAGGGGUUAAACGGGGGGCCGGGGGCUUCACGCAGAAAUUGGGCGUGGAGUGCGCGAGCGCCGAGCAGGCGCUGGAGGCGGCCGAGGCCGGGGCCGACGUCGUCCUGCUCGACAACCUGAGCCCAGAGGCGCUGCACGCGGCAGCCGCGCGCGUCAAGGCCGCGCACCCGCGGGUGCUGGUGGAGGCUAGCGGGGGCAUCGGCCUGGAGAGCCUGGGCAGCUUCCUGGGGCCCCACGUGGACGUCGUGUCCAUGGGGUGCCUGACCCACAGCGCCCCCGCGCUCGACUGCGCCCUCAAGGUGACCCCGAGGUGCCCCUUGGUGACAUUUGGUGACCCCAAUGUGACAUUUGAUGACCCUGAGGUGACAUUUCAAGACCCCGAGGUGCCAUUUGAGCGCGUGGUGACGGCGGGCCAUGACGUCAGCGACGGUGGCCUGCUGGGCUGCCUGCUGGAGAUGGCCUUCGUGGGCAACUGCGGCGUCACCGUCACCGCGCCCGCGCCGCCCGCCGGCGUCACACCGCUGGUGCUGCUCUUUGCCGAGGAGCCGGCCCUGCUGCUCGAGGUCCCGGCCGCGGCCGCCAUCCCUGUGUGCCGCCGCUACCAGGACGCCAAUGUCACCUGUGUCCCCAUCGGCCACAGCGGCCCCUACGGCCCCCGCGCCAUGGUGAGGGGACACUAG